AUGGCCCCGCCGGGCUGGCGUCAGCAGACCCUGGAGCGGUGUCUGGACGAGCUCGGGAAGAACACCCGGCGGCCGGAGAGCCUCCUCACGAUCCAAGAACAGUUGGCGUCGAACUUCACUUCCUUGACGAAAGUCCUCUAUGACUUUAAUAAAACCCUGGAGAGCGGCAGGGCCCGCGGAAGCCCUUUGCAGAAGCUGGCGAUAAAGGGUUUUGACGACGAGCAGAUUUGGCAGCAGCUGGAGCUGCAGAAUGAGCCGGCGCUGCAAUACUUUGAGGACGCGGUCAGGGAGGCCAUUGAGGACGGAGACCUCAGCCUCCUCCCGCUGGAGGGUGAAGAGGAUGGCUCAGAGAUGGAGGCCGAGGGCCAGGAGUGCCUAGAACAAGAUGUGGAGAAGGAGGAGGAGGAAGAGGAGGAGGAGGAGGAGGAGGAGGAGGAGGAAGGGUCAGACCUGAGCGGUGAUGAUCCCAAAGGAGAGGAGACAGCCAAACACCCCGGCAGAGGCGACGGGAGGAAAAGCCCCGAGUUCAGCGACGAGGAUUCCGACCUGGACUUUGAUAUCGGCGAGCUGGAACGGCAGAGCAAGGUGCAGAGCAAGGUGCCCCAGAAACCCAGGGAGACGUCCGUAGUGGAUGACAAGUUCUUCAAGCUCUCUGAGAUGGAGAGCUUUCUAGAAACCGUGGAAAAGGAAGAGGAGCGGAAAGAGGGCGACGAGGACGACGAGAUUGAUCUGUUUGAAGACAUCGAUUCCGAUUCCGAUGAAGGGGGACUGUUUGGAAGUCAGAAGCCCAAGUCGGGGGAAAGUUCCAGAAACCUGAAGUACAAAGACUUCUUUGACCCGGUGGAAAGUGACGGAGACACGGCAGGCAUUCCGGACGAGGGCCUGGACUCCGAGGCGGAAGAGGGAGGGCCCGCUGGCCUGGGAGGCGAGGAGAGCCUCUCGGACACGGACGAAGAGGAGGACCUUGGGGAAGCGGAAGACAGUGAACCACGGAGAGGAGCCUCGAAGAGAGUGACCUUCGCCCUGCCCGAGGACGGGGCGUCUGGAGACGAGGAGGCUGCCGCAGAGACCCGUGUCCUCAGCGCACAGGAGGGUCCAGCUGAAGCGAAGUCCUCCUUUGAAAAAAGACAGGAGAAGAUGAACGAGAAGAUCGCGGCGAUGGAGAAGGAGCUGCUGGAGAAGAGGCCCUGGCAGCUGCAGGGGGAGGUGACGGCGCAGAGGCGCCCAGAGAACAGCCUGCUGGAGGAGACCCUGCACUUUGACCACGCCGUCCGCAUGGCGCCGGUGAUCACCGAGGAGACCACCCUGCAGCUGGAAGACCUCAUCAAGCAGCGGAUCCUAGACCAGGCCUGGGAUGAUGUCGUCCGGAAGGAGAAGCCCAAGGAGGAGGCGUUCGAAUACAAGAAGCGGCUGACGCUGGAGCACGAGAAGAGCAAGCUGAGCCUCGCGGACAUCUACGAGCAGGAGUUCGCCAAACUCAGCCAGCAAAAGACAGAAGAGGAGGAAAACCCGGAGCACGUGGAGAUCCAGAAGAUGAUGGAUUCCCUCUUCCUGAAGCUGGACGCCCUCUCCAACUUCCACUUCAUCCCCAAACCGCCUGUUCCCGAGGUUAAAGUCGUGUCCAACCUGCCGGCCAUCGCCAUGGAGGAGGUGGCCCCCGUGAGCGUCAGCGAUGCAGCUCUCCUGGCCCCGGAAGAGAUCAAGGAGAAGAAUAAAGCCGGAGAUGUAAAGACCGCUGCCGAGAAGACAGCCACCGACAAGAAACGAGAGCGGAGGAAGCGGAAGCUCAGGAAGCACCUGAGGAUCCGGGAGAAGGAGCGGCGGCGGCGGCUCCAGGAGCGCAGCAGCGCGGACGCGGCGGUGGGCAAGCUCAGCGCGGCCGCGGCCUCCGAGCGGCUCCGGCGGCUGGCCCGGGCCGGCACGGCCACGCUGCUGCAGGACGAAGGGAAAGACAAAGCCCUGAAGUCCUCUCAGGCCUUCUUUUCAAAGUUACAAGAUCAAGUAAAAAUGCAAAUCAGCGACGCAAAGAAGACAGACAAGAAGAAGAAGAAAGGACAGGACCUUUCGGUCCACAAACUGAAGCUGUGA